AUGCAAUAUUCUGUUUCGCACGCAAUUUACAGUAACGAAAUACGUAAAGGUCAGGCCGUCCGAAGGCUACCAAGUGUGAUUAUUAUUGGCGUGAAGAAAUGUGGGACUAGAGCUCUACUGGAAUACAUGAAGCUCCACCCUGCCAUUAAAGCACCGGGCCCGGAGCCACACUUCUUUGACAGAAAUUAUCAUCUCGGACUCGACUGGUACAGAUCAAAGAUGCCGCUAACAUAUGACGAUGAAAUUACAGUGGAGAAAACGCCACGGUACUUUGUGACCCCAGGUGUGCCAGAGAGAAUUUUCAAUAUGUCAAACGUAACUAAACUUCUUCUUGUAACUCGAGACCCAGUUGUCAGGGCCAUGUCAGAUUUUACACAAUCUGUAAGCAAAGGUGGCAACAGUACAAAAGUAUCUUUCACGAGCCGAGUUUUAAGAAGAAAUGGCAAAGUAAACACGCAUUCAUCUAUUGUGGAAACUGGACUAUACGUAAAAUACAUGCAACAGUGGUUGCAUAUAUUUGGUAAGAAAAAUAUACACUUGGUUAGUGGAGAAAAUCUAAUCAAUAAUCCAAUAGAAGAACUCGAAAAAGUGCAAGAUUUUAUUGGAGUAGAACGAAAAAUCAAUAAAAGUGCAAUAUAUUUUAACGCAACUCGGGGAUUUCCUUGCAUUUAUCGACGAGAUAAAAAUCCAUCUCAUAAGUGUUUUGGACAAACGAAAGGACGUAGUCACAUACACGUAGGCCAUGACAUUUUGAAAAAGUUAUACGACUUUUACAGCAUAUACAAUCAGUAUUUCUUUACGCUCAUGCAUGUUCAAUAUAAUUGGACGACUUGUUUAAAAUAAUAUACAAAUUGCCAAAAAAUGUGAAGUAGAGAAGCUAAAUCAAAGGAUUGACCCAUAGCAUUGACCAACCAGUGCAGUAUUAAUAUGUUAUUCAUAACAC